GCAUUACUGAAUUUAGCUGAAAGAUUAGGGGAGGCCAAGCCACGGGGACUCACCAAAGCAGAUAUUGAGCACCUUCCAUCCUACCGCUUUAACCCUGAGAGCCAUCAGUCCGAGCAAACCUUGUGUGUGGUGUGCUUCAGUGACUUUGAAAUCAGGCAGCUGCUGCGAGUUCUGCCCUGCAACCACGAGUUCCAUGCUAAGUGCAUCGACAAAUGGUUAAAGGCAAACCGCACAUGCCCCAUCUGCCGAGCAGAUGCUUCAGAAGUACAUCGGGAGGCCGAAUGAGGUUCGUCAAUGCACUGCUGCACAAAUUUACUCCAGGAUACGGACCUUGGACCAGAGGCACGGGCCAGCCUGUAUGCUUAGCCUCUGGGGCCUCUCCUGGGAUGCGGUGAGAAUAUAAGCAAUGUAUGACACCCCCUCCCCCUCACCCCAUGGCAUGGACCGGGCCUGGUGGUUGAGCCAGCUCUGCGGUGUCAUGCUUUGUAGGGGGAGGCAUCCCCACGUGCUCUGCACUCCAAAGACUCGCCAUCCUUGCACCAUUGUUUUCCAGGUGUUUGCAUUCCUUCUUGGUUUGGGGUUUUCCUUCCCUAUUUGGUUUCGUGGCUGUCUGACCUAGAUUUUUAUCCGAAUUCAUUCCUUUCUGGCAGAGCCAGAUUUGGGGGCCUUGAAAGCAGAACAGCUCCAAGGGAGAGAGGGGAAGAAGUGCCUGCUUCAACCCCACCACCUGCUUGCCUAGAGUACAGUGUUGCAAGAUAGUAGCGGGGGAGUAUGUUGGUUGCAACACUGAUGUAAGCCACUUGAGGCCUUGCCAAAAAAACAUCUGUGGCUGUCUCCACGCGAAUCAUGGCCCACUGGCCCAGGACCACCCUGUGUUUUUCCCUACACAUGCACAGAAUAGUCCCACCAGCAUCUCAGACUCUCCCUCCCCUUGCAUGCCUGCAAUGUUGGGUGGAGUUCAGGGUUGUUCUCACAAGUUGCACAGUGAGGUAAAGAAAAAAAAAAUGGGCCUAAACUUAAGUCCAGCAAUAUUCUGCUGCAAGGCAGUUUUGGGGGAAAAGACCCAUUUCCCCCCAGAAAGCUCGAAAGAGGAGGAGUAUGCAAGUGAAAAUCCCUACAAUAAAACAGCCGGCUCUGUUUAUUACAUACUUAAUGAAAUGAAGGCUUGUGGCUUGUGUUUUGAGAUACAGAAUCAUGUAAUAAUUGAUGUGUCUUCCUUUUAUUUUCCCUUUGCACACUCGGACCCCCAGAUAACUGCCCUAGUAACACAUUUGGGUUGCUAUUCCUUCUCGGCACCCAUCUCCAGAAAGCACCUCCAUCCAGUUUCUGAGUGUCCCCUAGCAGUCUGCCUGCACCUGCUUUUUCUCCCCUGGUGUAGGGGAGGGAGAGAUGCUCAGCAGACUGCGGCAAAAGCCUUCAUCUCCCCUUCCUCAGUUCUCUGUCCCGACUCCUGGCUGUAAGCCCUGAGAGUUGUUGGGCAGCUCCAGAGGACUGGAUGAUAGGAUCCUGGGCAGAGAGAGCAGGCAGGAAUUAUUAUUUCUUAUUAUUUACCCUUGCACUAGCUGUUAUGGAGAAAGCCUUUCCAUCCUCCCGUGGCUGUAUGCAGUGAUGCGCAUGGGCUUUCAUAGGGCCAGGAAGGCUUUUUCAUCCUAUCUUUUUCAGUCUCUUCCAUUCAGCAACGCCCCUCCUCCCCUUCUUCACCUUUGGCCUACUGAUGCUCAUCCUAAUGAGCUUUUCUGUACGGCCCGAUGCUUGUGCGCUCGGUCAGGAACUAUGGCUGAUUUGGCCAUGACACUCAAGCUGUGUGCCUUCUUGUGUCUGCACACACACACACACACACACACACACACUCCUACCUAAAAUACCUGCUGAUUUGAAGCAAGAAAGCAACCAACCUGCCACCCUGUUACAGAAACCUGUUAUCGUAAAAGUAAUAAAAUUUAAAAAUUGUUUUGCAUGAUUAUACCAUGGAAUAAGAGAGAAGCCCUCGCCGUUUAGUUGGUUUGUGUCUGAAGCCUGGAAGAAUCAGAGAAGAUGAUAAAAAAUCUAAUGUAAAUGUUCACAAAUUAUGCAUGCAUGUUAUGACCAGCUUGGAACUUGGUAUUGGCUAUCUCUCUAGCCAGCUGUGGGGUGAUGGGGUGGGUGGGAAUGAGGGGGUUCUUUGUGCUCAGCUGAUUACUGCCAUGCACUGUACUGCACAUGUCCGCAACGCCUCACAAGGACCGUUAACGCUUUUCAGGGCAUUUCUCUCCCCUCCCUCCCCUCCAAAUUAGAGAUUGGUUUGAAACCAGGUUAGGUUAGGAGGCAGCAUAGUUUUAGUAGAGAGCCAGUUUGGUGUAGUGGUUAAGGCAUCUGGCUAGAAACUGGGAGAUCGUUGAGUUCUGCUCCUGCUUUAUAUACAAAGCCAGGUUGGUGAUCUUGGGCCAGUCAUACUCCUCAGCCCAAAGGAGAGGUGGCAAUAGCAAACAACUUCUGAAAUCUUACUAAGAAAAUUACAGGGCCUUGUCCAGACCUUUGCCAGGAGUCCACACCAACUUAAAGAUGCACGCACAUACGUACACAAAACGGUUUUAGUGGACUUAAUUUGAAGUAGAGUUGCAAGGCUUAGGGGCAGAUCUCUUCUGCGUCAAUAGCUGCCUUGGAAGGAGGACUCUGGCAGGGUCACUUUCUCCUUCAUGGUGCUGCAGAAGUAGGAGCAAAGGGACCUGCUGACCACUCCUCUUCCUCCCUCCCUCCCUCCCUCCCUUCCUUGCCUGGUUUAUCUUGUCCUGCGUUCAACUAGUAAUGCUCCAGGGUAAGUUUGGCAGUGUCGUAAUCGGUCUCUCUGCCUAUCCACAGUGCUAUCUUUCAGUUUGGUGGCAUCUUCUCCCUCCAAGUGGUAGACCCAGAUGGAUGGUUAGAUCUCGACUCUUUCCCUUCAAAGUGGGGGCAACAGAUAGGAACAGGGACUGCAAGGGAGCCUAAGGCCAAGGCCAGGAAGCAAGGCCCCCGAGCCUUUCUGCCAUCAUCUUUGUGUGCUGACAUCCAAUUGUUCUUGGUAAGAGGGCCUGAUGAAUUUAGGGAACAACUAAGCAGGGCUCCUUGCAUCCAUGUGGAUGCAAAGGAACAAGGACAAAUAGACCAGGCAGUGUGAUAUCCCACAAGUCUGUGAGGGAUCAAUCCGCCAAGAGAGAAAGGCUAGUAAUGAGAAGAGCAGCUUCUGUGUCUGCUUUUUCCUGAGAAGAUGGAUAGUGGCUGGAGGGGGGGCGUGGCUCUGGUGCCAUGUAGGUGUCAUUGUUUUCUGAACAUGCCAGCUCUCAGCAAUAUAUUUACCUCUAAAAGUAGGAGAAAAACUUUGGGAUGUGGCUGUGGCCAGUUGGCCUUUUGCCACUCGUCCCGAUAGCCAUGUCUGGUGAGGCGACCAGUUUCUUCCCCAGCAGUUGUUGAGAUUCCUCACCCAGCUGAGGAGAGGGGAUCCUCAGGGUGCAAGGAGGAGGGAAAAUGAGAAGGAGACGCGCAAACUUAAGUUUUGUGGCUUCUUUUGUCAUAAGGGGCAGUAGUAGUGCUUAAUAAUAAGAGCUCAUCCUUGACUUGCAACCAUUCGUUUAAUGACCGCUUGAAAUUACGACGAAGCU